AUGAUUGCCUCCCCUACACCAUCCUCUCUCUCUCUACUUUUGAUCUCUCUCUUUACCAUUCUCUCUCCCCAUCUGAAAUUUAGACUCUUCAGAUCUCAAAACCCACCAUGUCCAUGGCUACACCUUCUCUUCUACAUCAUUCCACCACUCCCAUUUUCACAAAACUCACUCCAUUUUCUUAUUCCUCUCCCCUCCCCAACAACAUUUCCCCUUUUCCCACAAAACCCACUUCAUAUAAUUACUCAAAAAGUUUCCUUCCAACAACCUUAAAAUCCCCAUCAUCAUCUUCUUCUUCUUCACCUUCUCCAACAACUGUGGAGGAUUUCGAAGCUCAAGAAGAGGAAAUGGAGGAGGAAAAUGAUAGAAAUCUUCCUCCACUCAGUGAAAUCUGGAAACAAAUUCAAGGUUUCAACGACUGGGAAGGCCUUCUUGACCCUUUGAAUCUUCACCUUCGUAGAGAAAUCAUUCGUUAUGGUGAAUUCUCUCAAGCCUGCUACGAUUCCUUCGAUUUUGACCCUCAUUCUAAGUACUGUGGCACUUGCAAAUACCAAGCUUCCCAAUUCUUUCACAAGCUUCUAAUGGCUGAUCGUGGAUAUCAAAUCACCAGAUAUCUCUAUGCAACUUCCAACAUCAAUCUCCCCAACUUCUUUAAGAAAUCCAACAUCAUCACCCGGUCCGAACCCAGAAAUUUUUCUCAGAACAGGAGCAGAGUUUGGAGUCAACAUGCUAAUUGGAUGGGCUAUGUUGCGGUUGCCACGGAUGCUGAUGAGAUCAAACGACUCGGCCGCCGUGACAUUGUCAUUGCUUGGAGAGGAACGGUAACGUACCUCGAAUGGAUCCAUGACCUCAAAGAUAUUCUCCAACCAGCUGGGUUUAAUCCGAAGGACAUGUCAGUUAAGAUCGAAUCUGGCUUCUACGAUUUGUACACCAUGAAAGAGAAGAACUGCGACUACUGUGGAUUCUCAGCUCGUGAACAGAUUUUGGCUGAAGUGAAACGACUUGUCGAGCAGUACUGCAAAUUGGGAGGAGAACAAAUCAGUAUCACAGUCACUGGACAUAGUCUUGGAGCUGCUUUGGCUUUGACUACUGCGUACGACAUUGCUGAGAUGAAGCUGAACAUUGUCGACAGCGAAGGUGGGCACCUCACGGCGGUCCCGGUCACCGUCUACUCGUUUGCCGGUCCUCGGGUUGGGAAUCUCAAGUUUAAGGAACGAUGCGAGGAGCUCGGGGUUAAGGUGCUGAGAGUGACCAAUGUACAUGACAAGGUUCCAAUGGUGCCUGGCAUUAUAGCCAACGAGAAGUUACAAUUUCAAAAGUACUUGGAGGAAGCCGUGGCAUUUCCUUGGAGCUAUGCUCAUGUUGGUACAGAACUUGCAUUAGACCACACUCACAGUCCAUUUCUAAUGCCAACAAACGAUCUCGGAUGCGCACAUAAUCUCGAAGCUCACCUACACUUGGUCGACGGAUAUCAUGGCGAGGGACGGCGGUUUCGACUAGUGACAAAGAGAGACAUAGCCCUUGUGAACAAGAGCUGUGAUUUUUUGAGGAGGGAGUACGGCGUGCCACCAUGUUGGCGGCAGGAGGAGAACAAAGGAAUGGUCAGAAACAGCGAGGGGCGGUGGGUGGUACCGGACCGGUCGAGGCUGGAGGCCCACCCGCCGGACACCGCCCACCACCUUCAGCAAGUACUCAAAGUUUCAGCUGGUACUUAGGUUUAUUAUCAUGGAGAGAGUAGGGUUGAAUAAUUUCUCUAAAUAAUGUCAUUGUUAUGAAAAGUGGCAUUAUGUGAUGUCAAUUAAUGUAAAUUACUAUGUGAAUUGAACUUUCCUAAAUGGUAUUAUUGUCUAGGUACGGUUUCCCUUUUUGUUUCGUGGGAAUUCACGAUCUCUUAAUCGGACAUAUGUGUCUAAAUCAGACUCAAGUUAGCAUGUACCAUCUUGCUUUUGAAUCAAGGAACUCACGACUUCUUGAUCGGA